CCGGUUUCGAGUAUCGGGUGACCUGCGCCCGAAGUAUAAAAACUACCACCCCGUAGGAACCUUAACAAUCGACUCCAAUUCGGUAGACCACCAACAUGUACUCUAAAAUCGCAGUUUUCAGCGCCCUGGUGGCGAUUUGCUCCGCGGGCCUGAUUCUGGAGGAUGGCCAUAACCACGGGCACGGACACGCCGUCUCCUCCCAGAGCAUCAUCCGCCACGACCAGCCAUCCCACCACGUAGAGAGCCACGACAGCCACUACGCGACUCCCAUCCACACCAUUUACCAACAAUCUGCUCCUCUCAUUCACUCUUCCCCCGCUAUUAUUGAACAGAGCUCCCACCUAGGACAUUCCUAUGAGCACAGCACUCCUUUGUUCCACGCCGUCCAUGCCACCCCCGUGGUCCACGCUGCCCCUAUUGUCCACGCCGCCCCCGUCGUCCACCAAACAGCCCAGAUUCAUCACGCCCCCAUCCUACAACAUGUCGCCGUAGGACAAGACCACCAUGAACUCAUCGAAGAGCAUGGUCCUGCUAAGUACGAAUAUGCUUACUCAGUGGAGGACCCCCACACCGGCGACCACAAGUCCCAGCACGAGACCCGCGACGGCGACGUCGUGAAGGGCGAGUACUCUCUGCUGCAGCCGGAUGGCUCCGUCCGCAAGGUCACCUACACCGCCGACCACCACAAUGGAUUUAACGCCAUCGUGCACAACUCAGCGCCGACAGUGCACGAACACGCGCCCGCCCACCAGGAGGGACUCGCCCUCAACGCGUACCACCAUUGAAUACCCUGCACAUUAACGUAUUUAAUAAAUAUUGUUAUUAUUUAUACACA